UACAUUGUUCUAACCCCCAGUAAAGAUAAAUGAUAUUAAUGAAGACAUGAAGCUUUUUAUUUAAAACCAGGUCGGAGUGCCGUUUAUUUACCCAGCAAAACAGAGAGCAUCAUUUCUGCUUAUUCAUGGGCAGAUGCAGCAGGAUCUCCAGUCAUCACAGAGACUAUGGAGACUGAUGGAAGAAAAAAGAGUUUGUCUCCAUCUAGUGGUUGCAGAUGCACAAACCUUGGUCAUGAGCAGAGAUGAUGGCAAGCCUGCACCUAACUGAUAACAGCAAGCUUACACUUAACCACAGACGAGCUUUAGAAGCCACACUUAAGCCUGAGCCUAUAGGCUGAAGCUGACAUGACUCCAGAAAAAGAGGCCAAUGGACUUGAAAACUAUGGCUUUGCGCUGGAGGGACGCUUCUGUGAUUUACCCGACACUGAAGAGGACUCGGACUCUUCCAUUAAUGAAGACAGUAACAAACUGGCAUAUUGUGUAACAGAUGUUCCUCCUUGGUACCUCUGCAUCCUUCUGGGCACCCAGCACUGUCUGACUGCAUUUGGAGGAAUAAUUGCCAUCCCUCUGAUUCUGUCUCAGGGGUUGUGUCUACAACAUGAUGGCCUGACACAAAGCCACCUCAUCAGCACCAUCUUCUUGGUUUCUGGCAUCUGCACUCUGUUGCAAGUUACUUUUGGAAUUAGACUGCCCAUUCUCCAAGGUGGCACAUUCACAUUGCUGGCUCCCUCCAUGGCAAUGUUGUCCAUGCCGGAGUGGACAUGUCCUGCUUGGACGCAAAAUGCCAGCUCAGUAAACACCUCCUCCACGGAGUUCAUAGAAGUCUGGCAGAGUCGAAUGAGAGCCCUGCAGGGCUCCAUUAUUGUGGGCUCACUCUUCCAGGUGUUUGUGGGUUUUUCGGGCCUCAUUGGCCUUUUCAUGCGCUUCAUUGGACCUCUCACCAUCGCUCCGACCAUUGCUCUCAUUGGCCUGUCUCUGUUUGACUCGGCUGGUAGCAGCGCUGGAAACCACUGGGGCAUCUCUUCAAUGACUACAGCACUGAUCAUCCUGUUCUCCCAGUACCUCCGCCACAUAGCCGUGCCCUUCCCCACAUACAACAAGGACAAAAAGCUUCACACCUCUCACAUCUACAUUUUUCAGAUUCUCCCUGUCCUACUAGGAAUCACAUUGUCGUGGCUUAUCUGUUAUAUUUUGACUGCCUACAAUGUCCUUCCUGAAGAUCCAGACUUUUAUGGUUACCUUGCGCGCACCGAUCUGAAGGGAGAAGUUAUAAGUCAAGCUCCCUGGUUUACCUUCCCAUACCCAGGCCAAUGGGGGAAGCCAACUGUGAGCCUGGCCGGCGUGGUUGGCAUCUUGGCUGGUGUGAUUUCCUCCAUGAUAGAAUCUGUUGGGGAUUACCACGCUUGUGCAAGGUUAUCUGGAGCACCACCCCCACCUAAACACGCCAUCAACAGGGGCAUUGGGAUUGAGGGACUAGGCUGUCUGCUGGCUGGUGCCUGGGGUACGGGAAACGGAACCACUUCAUACAGUGAGAACGUCGGAGCUCUUGGUAUUACAAAGGUUGGCAGUCGUAUGGUGAUAGUGACCAGUGGCGUCUUGAUGGUUCUCAUGGGUAUACUUGGUAAAGUGGGAGCUAUUUUUACCACUAUCCCCUCGCCUGUGAUAGGAGGAAUGUUCAUGGUGAUGUUUGGUGUCAUCUGUGCAACUGGAGUUUCUAAUCUGCAGUAUGCAGACAUGAAUUCAUCCAGAAACAUCUUCAUCUUUGGAUUCUCCAUGUUCUCUGGUCUGGUCAUUCCUAACUGGAUCCUAAAAAACCCCAAAACUAUUGCUACAGGUGUGGUAGAGGUUGACCAGAUGCUGCAGGUACUGCUGACAACUAGUAUGUUUGUUGGAGGCUUCUUCGGCUUUUUAUUGGACAACACCAUUCCAGGAACAAAGCAGGAGCGAGGCAUCUUGGCCUGGAACAAGGCUCAUGAGGAUGAUUCCAGUAACACGCUGGAGAGUGGAGAAGUCUACAACCUUCCAUUUGGCAUCAGCUCGUCUUUGUCUUCUUUCUCCUGGCUUCGAUUCAUACCUUUCUGCCCUCCUGGUAUGUCCGGCUCCCUGGAGCCUAAGCAGCCACUUGGAAAUCCACCACCCUCUCAGAUCACUUUGGGAGUAGGUCUGUGAGUGGUGUUUAACAAAAACAUUUCCAUCAACGGCAGCUCAGUUUAUGUCACAUCUCUGAGGCAUUGUACUGUAACAACAUGGUGCAUAGUAUUAAAAUCAUCUUUUGGAGGGACGUUUGCAAAUAAAUGCCUUGAACUGACAUGUUA